AGAGAGAGUUCAGUGUUGGCUCGCGCAGGAGCGGAGAGGAGGCGUCGUACCGUGUGCGCGUGAACAGACCCCGCCGAGCGUGAAGCGACCUCGCGCUGCCCCGCGCACGGCAUGCACCCGCCGCGUGCAACCAACCGGAGCGCCACGAUAAGGAUAGUCUCGCGCCUGCUUUCUUCUGGCCGGACCGUCUCGCGUCCGUUGUUCCUGUUUACGCAGUGGAGCGCGCGCUGUGGGAGCUCGUGUUGACCCGCUUUUUGCAUGAAACUUUGUAAGGACUUUAAUUCCAGAGGUGCGUCCAGGUUGGGGGUAUGAACAUUUUUGCCACAUGAGAUGAGGAGAUGCAUUACUGGAAUGUAAACUUUUUUUCUUAACUUAACAAGUCCUGAGACAGUCCUGAACUCAUCUUCACUCUGGACUUUAUAUUCCAAACUUUUUUGUACACUUCUGGAAAACUGGGAAGCAAGAAUGGAGGGCUCGACUCUGAAGGUUGUGGUUGGAUUUGUGGUUGCACUGUGGUGUCAACUUGUAAUCGCAGUGUCCAGCCUUGAAAUCGGCUCCUACGACUUUGAAAGGGGUAGACCAGCCAAGUGUGAGCCCAUCGUCAUCCCAAUGUGCCAAGGAAUCGGAUACAACCUCACCAGGAUGCCCAACUUUAUGGACCACGACAGUCAGAAAGAGGCAGCCAUCAAACUCAACGAAUUUGCCCCACUGGUAGAGUAUGGCUGUGAUGUUCACUUGCGCUUUUUCCUCUGCUCACUUUAUGCACCCAUGUGCACCGACCAGGUGUCCACCUCCAUCCCUGCCUGCAGACCCAUGUGCGAACAAGCCCGUCAAAGGUGCUCUCCAAUCAUGGAGAAGUUCAACUAUGCCUGGCCCGAGUCGCUGGACUGCUCCAAACUGCCCACUCGGAAUGACCCGAACGCGUUGUGCAUGGAGGCUCCAGAGAACGACACCAAGCCAGAGCCUAAAAAAGGAGAGGGUAUGCUGCCGGUGCCUCCCAGGCCCAGGCAGCCUGGCUCGGGUGGAGGUCGCCCAGGGGGCUCCGUGGGAGCCUGUGAGAACCCAGAGAAGUUCCAGUACGUGGAGAAGAGCGAGUCUUGUGCCCCUCGUUGCUCCUCGGCUGUUGAUGUUUUCUGGUCCAGGCAGGACAAAGACUUUGCUUUCAUCUGGAUGGCCGUGUGGUCCACUCUGUGUUUUGUAUCCACUGCGUUUACGGUCCUCACCUUUCUCCUGGACCCACAUCGCUUCCAGUACCCUGAGAGGCCCAUCAUCUUUCUCUCCAUGUGCUACAAUGUCUACUCAGUGGCCUUCAUCAUCCGCUCUGUUGCUGGCGCUGAAAACAUUGCUUGCGAUCGUGAAAACGGGGAGCUGUACAUUAUCCAAGAAGGUCUUGAGAGCACGGGCUGCACCAUAGUCUUCCUCAUCCUCUACUACUUUGGCAUGGCCAGCUCCAUCUGGUGGGUCAUCCUGACACUUACCUGGUUCCUGGCAGCUGGAAAGAAAUGGGGUCAUGAAGCUAUCGAGUCGCACAGCAGCUACUUCCACAUGGCUGCUUGGGGCAUCCCUGCACUGAAGACCAUCGUCAUCCUUACAAUGAGAAAGGUGGCAGGUGACGAGCUGACGGGCCUGUGCUACGUUGGCAGCAUGGACGUUGGAGCACUGACUGGCUUUGUCCUCGUUCCACUGUCCUUUUACUUGGUGGUCGGAACCUCCUUUGUCCUAACCGGCUUUGUGGCACUGUUCCACAUCCGGAAGGUCAUGAAAACAGAGGGCACCAACACAGAGAAGCUGGAAAAGCUCAUGGUCAAGAUUGGCAUCUACUCCAUUCUGUACACAGUGCCGGCUACUUGCGUCAUCGUCUGCUACUUCUAUGAGCGCCUCAACAUGGACUACUGGAAGUUCCGCGGCUUGGAGAGCAAGUGUGUCACCUUCCCAGGUCGCAGGAAUGAGGACUGUAGUCUUGAUGCGUCCAUGCCCGCCGUGGCCGUGUUUAUGCUGAAGAUCUUCAUGUCGCUGGUGGUGGGCAUCACCAGCGGCGUGUGGGUGUGGAGCUCCAAGACCCUCCAGACCUGGCAGGGGCUGUGCAGUCGCAAGCUGGCAGACAGGACUAGUAGGAAGCACUGUGGUGGGGGGAGCUGCAGCAGCAGCCACUGCCAUUACAAAGCCCCUGCCAUGGUUUUGCACAUGUCCAAGACGGACCCUUACUCGGACAGUCCGACACAUGUAUGAGACACUAGAGUCAGUGUGUGCUGUGGGUGGGUGUGGAGUGACCUCGUAUAAAUGUACUGUAUUAAGGACUCAACUCACGCUUCGUUACUCCCCCCAAUGUGUAUGGCAUUAUUUUGGUGGGCACGAGGACAGUUGGCACACCAAGCCAGGCGCCAAAAUGUGCCCUAAGGGGAAUCUGUGGAAUACGCACAAACAGAAUGUCCUAAAAAAGUGGACGAAUGAUCAGUGUUACACUAAAGGGAAUAUUUUCUGUGUGUUACUGCUGGCUGUAGAAGUGCGAUAAAGAGAGGACACAUAAGCAGUCAAUACUUUUAUCAGUCAUAGAACAAAAACAAAAAAUGGACACUAAAAGGACUUAUAAGCUGGAUGCAUAUGGUUCAGUCUGAAUUAAGCUCAAUUCAUGGCAUUUAUGUGUUUAAAGUGUUUUACUAUUCUUUUAUUUUAAUUUAUUGCAUAUGUAUAUAUCUAUAUAUUUAAUUUCACUUUUGGUUCUCACAGAAUGGUAUUGAAUGGCCCACGUCUCUGUAAAGUAAACAAGCUAAAUCAAUGGGCUGCUAAAUCAAAGUGAGAAAAGUGCCUUUUUUGGAAAAGAAAAUAAAGCAUACUUUAUAUUUUUAA